UCUGAUAGCGCCGCCGCGCUACGUCAUGACCACCACCACACUGGAGCGCACAGAGGGUCUCUCUGUCCUCAACCAGGCCAUGGCUGCCAUCAAAGAGAAGAUUGAGGAGAAGCGAGGAGUGUUUAACAUCCAGAUGGAGGCGAAGGUUGUGACCGACAUAGAUGAGACAGAGCUGGCCCGCCAGCUGGAGCAACUGGAGAGAGAGAACGCUGAGGUGGACGGAGAUGACGAGGAUGGAGAGAUGGAGGCCAAGGCAGAGGACUAAACUAGAUGAAGAACUGAGGGAUUGGAUACGACGACGAGACCAAUUAUACAUAUGCAGUCCAGAGCAUGUAUUCAUAAAGCAUCUCAGAGUAGGAGUGCUGGUCUAGGAUCAGCCCACCCCCCCAUAUGUAAUCUUAUGCAUAAUGAUCUAAAAGGCUAAACUUAUCCUAGAUCAGAACUCCUAUUUUGAGAUAUUUCAUGAAUACAGGCCUUGUCUGAUGAGAUGACGAACUUCAUAUCAAAUCAAGCAUUCUAGAACGUCUCUCCAACUGAACCCUUUGGAUCAGUAGCAGGGACCCUCUCAGGGAGACUGAUAGAGAGAUGGCUACAGGCACUGACUGUCAUACUGCCAAACAGGGCUGGGAAAGGCCUCUGUGAUUAUACCAAUGGACACAAUAACAACUGAAUAUGAUCACUGAACCCUAGCUGUUUGAAUUGCAUAAGAACGGGUGGGUUGGGGUAGGAUUAGCCUUUUUGUGCUGUAGCCAACUCCUCUCUGUGUGGAAGAGUUGGCUACAGCACAUAUAAUACAAAAUGGGACAAGGCUUGGGUUGGUGGGGUGGUAGCCUGGUCCCGUGCUGAAUGUUCUUUAACCAACUCUUUGUGACACAUGCAGUAUAGGACCAGGCUAGAGUGAGUAGGGGUUUAGAUAGAUUCUGAGAAUAUAAUAAGACAAGUGUUUUAUAUAUAGCAAGGACAUAUUUUAGGAAUGAGUACUUUUGAAAGUGGUUUUGACUAUCUCCCCAACUCCAUGAAAGGACAAUAGCGUUCUUGUUGUUUUCCUGCUCAAUAUGGUUCAAGUGAAAUGUCGGGCGGAAGAGAAUAAUGCUCACCUAACCAACUCACACAGAUCUUUAUAACUUAGGGUGCAUUCUGGAUAUAUUUCUAUUUUGUCAGGACUACAUUCUUAACAUUACAUUAAACAAAUAGAAAAGUAAAUAUGU